CAUCACGUAGAACGUUUUGAGUGAAGUGUUGUAAAGCUACGCGAUAUUUGAUCACAUCCCAUUUGGAAAGAACUACAUAUAUAAUUUAAUCGUCAAUUAAAGAAUUUGUUUGAAGAAAAUUUAUUUGCAAAAAUGAGUCGUUGUCCACAAGCUGUAUUCCAUGCCAAAAAUUUGUUGAAACAAAAGGAAAACAUCAUUGCCAAGCGAUAUGGAUCAUGGUUUUCGGCGGUACAAAUGGGGCCACCGGAUGCCAUUCUUGGUGUGACUGAAGCUUUCAAACGCGAUACAAAUCCAAAAAAAAUCAAUUUAGGUGUUGGUGCUUAUCGUGACGACAACGGAAAACCUUAUGUUUUGCCAACUGUUUUGCAGGCCGAACAAAAUAUAUUGAAUGCCAAACUCGACAAAGAAUAUUCGGCAAUUGGUGGCAACGCUGAUUUUUGUAAAUUAUCAGCUGGUUUAGCAUUGAAUGCAGACGCAAAUGCUGCUGUCACACCAAAUGUGGCUACUGUUCAAUCAAUCUCAGGUACUGGAGCUUUAAGAAUUGGUGGUGCCUUUUUGAAUUCAUUUGCUCAAGGCAAAGACAUUUACCUGCCAACCCCCAGCUGGGGCAACCAUACACCAAUCUUCAAGCAUUCCGGUUUGAAUGUUAAAUCAUACAGAUAUUACGAACCAAAGACUUGUGGAUUUGACUUCCAGGGCGCUCUUGAAGACAUCAGCAAAAUCCCAGAGAAAUCGAUAAUUCUAUUGCAUGCUUGCGCUCACAACCCGACCGGUGUCGACCCAAAACCAGAGCAAUGGGAAGAAUUAUCGCAAUUGAUCAAGAAACGUAACUUGUACCCCUUCUUCGAUAUGGCAUACCAAGGUUUUGCUAGCGGCAGCGUUGACAAGGAUGCCUUUGCAGUUCGUUUGUUCGCCAAGGAGGGUCAUCAAUUUUGUUUGGCUCAGAGCUAUGCCAAAAAUAUGGGUUUGUACGGUGAACGUGUUGGUGCUUUCUCAUUGGUGUGUGCCGACAAAGAUGAGGCUGAUCGUUGCAUGUCACAAAUCAAAAUCUUGAUUCGUCCAAUGUACUCAAAUCCACCAAUUCAUGGUGCUCACAUCGUUCGUGAAAUCUUGGGCAAAGCCGAUUUGCGCGCUCAAUGGCUACAAGAAGUCAAAGGAAUGGCUGAUCGCAUCAUUAGCGUGCGAACUGCAUUGAAGUCGAACUUGGAAAAGGAGGGCUCAUCAAAACCAUGGAACCACAUUGUCGACCAAAUUGGCAUGUUCUGUUUUACCGGAUUGAAACCACAAGAGUGCGAACGUAUCACCAAGGAUUUCUCAGUUUAUCUUACUAAAGAUGGACGUAUCUCCAUGGCUGGUGUUACAAGCAAAAAUGUUGAAUAUUUGGCUCAUGCCAUUCACGCCGUCACCAAGUAAAUAAAAUCCAUUGAAGUUUCACAAUCGCAUCAAAUCGCCACAGUUAAAUUGUAAGAAUUUGAAAUUAACACUGUCAGAAAAGGCUGUUAUCAAACAGGUUCAAUUUGCAUUUAUCAAAUCAAACCCCAUUCUUUUGAGAUACACACCUUUUAUUUACUACUAUGAAAAUAAAAGUUUGAUCAAAGUUACAUUCGAAA